AUCUAUCAUGACUUUACUAACAUCUACCUUAUUUUUGAGCAGUAAUAAGAUAUGGAGAUUUUAUGGUGCAGUGACAUUUUCCAAGAAAAGCUGUACCUAAGUAAUUUUUUAAAUUACCAAAGCUAUCAGUGAAAAGUGAAGACUAAUGUAUAAGAACAAAUCUAAGUUAGAGACAUUUAGCUGCUUUAAACUGAGCUCCUUUGGAAAGUUAAGGUUUAUUUGUGUAAUUUACCACUCUGACUAACAUGAAAAUACACUAUUGAUUGCACUCUUUGUUUCCCGCUCUUCUAGACUGAGCUGACAGGAAAAGAUGCUUGUGCUUACCUUUGAUUUUUAUUGUGUUACAGGUACUGAAAUGGAACAUAUAUUUUGGAUUUUUUUAAUUUUUUGCCAGAUCUUUUCAGUGGGAGCUCAGUUCAAUGGAUACAACUGUGAUGCCAACUUUCAUAGUCGCUUCCCUGCUGAGCGGGAUAUCAGUGUGUACUGUGGGGUUCAAACUGUCACUCUUAAGGUCAACUUUUGUCCAGUACUUUUCUCUGGCUACACUGAUUCAGACUUGGCUCUAAAUGGUCAUCAUGGAGAUGCACAUUGUCGAGGAUUUAUUAAUAACAACACAUUUCCUACUGUUGUGAUCUUUAGUAUUAGCUUGGCAACAUUGGAGUCAUGUGGAAAUGCCCUGGUGGUGUCCACAGCUCAGGGACCCAAUGCCUAUGGAAAUCUCUCACUGGUGCAAAUUGGAAACAUAUCAGGUUAUAUUGAUACCCCAGAUCCACCUACUAUCAUCAGCUAUCUCCCAGGUUUACUCUACAAAUACAGUUGCAGUUAUCCUCUGGAGUACUUGGUCAACAACACACAGCUGGCCUCGUCAUCAGCUGCGAUCUCAGUGAAAGAAAGCAAUGGUACAUUCAUCAGCACACUGAAUCUGCUGCUUUACAAUGACUCGUCAUACAUUCAGCAGCUGUCCAUUCCUGUAGCAGGACUGACCCUGAAGACACGGGUGUUUGCAGCUGUCAAAGCCACCAACCUGGACAAGAGAUGGAACGUUCUAAUGGACUACUGUUAUACUACACCCUCUGGGAACCCAAAUGAUGAGCUUCGCUAUGACCUUUUCUUUAGCUGUGAUAAGGACCCACAGACCACUGUCCUUGAGAAUGGGAAAAGCCAAAUGGGUCGCUUUGCCUUUGAAGUAUUCCGUUUUGUCAAGCACAAGAAUCAGAAGAUGUCCACUGUGUUUCUGCACUGUGUUACCAAGCUAUGUCGAGCAGAUGACUGUCCUAUGCUCAUGCCAAUCUGUGGCAGCAAGAAAAAGAGAGCUAUUUCAGAAGGGAAACAAUCAAGCAAGUCACCAGGAAAUGCUGUUCUGACUGCGGGGCCCAUCAUCACUCGAAGUGAACAAACACCAAGUAAUAAUUCUCAGCUGGCUCUUCUGAAUGCUCCAGAGUUUCACAUGAACACAGUGACCAGCAUACUCAUCUCAGCAGUGAUCAUUCUGAGUGUUAUAAGCAUUUGCUUCUUCCUCUUCUCCCUAGUGCUCCCAAAAGGCAGGAGUUCUCCUGUCACUACUGUGUCUGGUGUCCGAAACACGGCGUUCAAUUGAACUCUGGAACUCAGCUGAGUGUUGGCAAAUAAGCCAACACUCAGCAAGUGGACACAAAGAGACAAUAUACUUUUUCAUGUAGUUGUUUACAAGAAUAAUACAAAUGUUAAUUUAGAAAACUGUUAUGCUGAAAAUGAGCAUUAAUUUAGAUAUACUGUAUAACUUUGUAUAUAUCAUAAUAUGCCACCUCAGAUUUGCAGAUAAUUUCAUACACUGGAUGACAAUGAUGGACUGUGUGUUCUAUCAAACAUCAAGCUCCUUUAUACGUAUAUAACAAUUGUCUCUCAGUGGGGAAAUUCAGGUGUACCGGCAGCAAAUAGAUUACAUAUUUCUCCAUUGAUGACUUUGCUUGCAAGCACAUUGAUGAGGAACUGAUCAACAUGUGGUCCCCAGCAUGUUU